AACCCACUAUGAAAUUAACGAUGGACUAAAAUGAGAGCGACUUAUUUUGAUUUAUGAAAAUAAUUCUUAAUAAUUAAUUUUCAAUAAAAAAAUUUUUAAAUUAAGUUCCUUAUUAAUAUUUAUCUAAAUUUAUUAAUAUAAAUCCAUUUCUUCCCAAUUUAAUAGCCAAGAUGAAAGCAAUUUUAAUUACAUUGGCUUGUAUCAUCGGCUUGUGUCAAGCCAAAAUUACUUAUGAAAACUGCUUGAAGAAAGGGAAUGAAGCAAUUGCCGAGCUCAGACAUUUUGAGGUUUCUCCUGAUCCUCCCUCUUUCAGUAAAAAUGUGACAGUCACAUUGGAUGCUGAACUCUUCAAGGACAUGCCUGAAAACCUCAUGAUCAAGAUGAAUAUCUACAAAGUCACAGGAAUAUUUAGUAUCCCUAUUCCAGCACCCUGCCUUAUGGGAGUUGGUUCUUGUACGACCCCCUAUUGCACAUUUUUGGAAAAAUACAAGGAGCAAGCUUGCCCUUUCUUCCCCGAAGGUGCUUCAUGCGAUUGCGAUAUCAAGGCAGCAAAAUACGGAGGAAACAAAAUUACUAUCGUACCACCAAAUCUUGGACCAAUCAUCAAAUUUGUUGCAUCGGGUAACUUCCGAAUCGAACUCCGUUUCGUGGAUAAGAGCACCAAGAAAGAACAUCUCUGCUACAUAUUCAAAGGAAAGGCUCUACCAUAAAAAGGAAAUAGGAUAAUGGAAAUUUAAGUUAUAGUGGACUAAGGACCUUGUAUAUUUGUUUGUAAAUAACUACUCAGUCCUCUCAAACGGUUUGAAAAAAUCAUUAUAAAUGUGGACUAAGUACAUAACCUUCUGUUAAAUAAAAUAAAUAAAAGUGUUAUUGGAUAA